UAUAAAUGCCUAGAAAGAAAAGCGCCCUUGUUGGUAACUAUGAGCUUGGAGAAGAGAUAAGCCAAGGCUCAUUCUCAAAAGUAUACCUCUGCAACAUCUGGAGACAAGACAAUAUCUUUCCAGAUGCCAGAUGGAGAAUGCGUAAGGGAAGAACUAUUGCUUGCAAAAUGACUACUCAUUGAUGGCUUUCAGAGACCGACUCUACUAACUUGAUUAGAGAGAUAAACAUACUGAUGAAGCUUGAUCAUAAAAAUAUCAUGAGGUUUAUCGAAGUUAAUAAAGAUAAGAAGUAUAUUUACCUCUUUGUCGAACACUGCAAUGGAGGAGACUUGAAGAAAUUGAUAAAAGCGAGAGGAGGAAAACUUAGUGAACAGUUCACUCAGAAAAUUGCAUUUCAGAUUUCAAAGGGAUUAUACCAUCUCUAUCUGAAGGGAGUGAUACAUCGUGACUUAAAGCCCGAUAACAUCUUGAUUCACUUCCCAAAUUUUAAACAAGAGGACUGUGAACUUGAUCAGUACUUGAAAGAUUUCAAGUAUAAGACAGAACCGAUGGAAGCAAUUAUCGGUGAUUUUGGAUUUGCUAGAUUUUUAAAGAAACAUGAGUUAGCCACUUCCUGAAUAGGUUCACCUGCUAACAUGGCUCCUGAAAUAUUCCCUGAAAAAGGUUAUGAUGCCAAAGUUGAUAUAUGGGCUUUCGGAACUGUUGUUUAUGAGCUCUUAUUUGGGUUUCUUCCCUUUUAUGGGUAUACAAUUGAAGGUCUGAAAAAGAUGAUUGAAAUAGGGGUUUAUGGAAUCCCUUUUGAAGUCGAAGUCUCUGCAGAAUGAAUCGAUUUCAUUCAAAAAUGCCUCCAAGAAGAUCCAUCAAAGAGGCUGAGCCAUUUUGAAGCUUAUCAGCAUCCAUUUAUCACUAGGAAAGAACUCAAAUCUUCUACAAAGCGCAGAAUGAAGAGAACAAAGGAUGGUAAAAAGGAUAUAGUUGUUGAUAAUGGAUCAAUAUUACUAAAUAAAAGAAAUGCAAUCAUGCUUAAUAUUAGAGAGAUAAAGCCUCUUAAAGAACUAGAAGAAAUGGUGGCCUCUAUUCCUGGAGAAACUCAGGAUAAAGUUCAGAUUAAGAAGAUUAAGUUUAAAGACAAUUAUGAAGAAGAUAAGAUCGAAAGUGAUAAAUUCACAGGACAAACUUCUUCUAUUGUAGAUUCAUGAUUUGCUAAGGAGAAGAAGAAGAGUAUAAUACCCAAGAAAAUGAUUAAAGGAAUUAAGAGAACCUUUAGAAAGAAAGAGUUAGGCAAAGAUGAUCAGAAGUUCAAAAGUAAAGAAAAUAACUACAAACCAAAGAAAGCAUUUGCGAAGGAAAAGAUAAAGAAACCCAAGGGUGUUACUAAAAAUGCCAAAUUCUACAUUAAGAAGAAAGUCAUAAUUAAGAAAAUAGAAAUCAGUCAUGAUUCUGACCUGCGCAUAUCAGCCGAUAGGUCAUCUUUAAGACUCCAAGAUUCACAUAUCAGCAGUGAUAUCUCCAGUGCCAACGAUUCACCUAUUAAAAAGAUUCCGUCUCAUGAUAAAACCUUGGGAAGAUCAGUCCAAAUCCAGAAAUCUUAGCUUUUCCGAAAUAAAAAUUCUU